GUUAAAUGCUGUGUGUGUGUGUGUGUGUGUGUAGAUGACGGGCCGCAAGGGACGUGUAGUGCGGCGUCCUGAUGGCAGUGUUCGAUACGAGACCAGAGCAGAACAGGGCCUGACCAUCGACCACGUCAACGUCAAAGAGAAAGAGCGCUUCAUGACCGGAGAGAAGCUGAUAGCCAUCAUCUCUGAAGCGGCCAGUUCGGGCAUCUCUCUACAGGCGGAUAAACGUGUGCAGAACCGCAGGAGACGAGUUCACAUGACCUUAGAGCUGCCGUGGAGCGCAGACCGCGCCAUCCAGCAGUUCGGUCGAACUCAUCGCUCAAAUCAGGUUACGGCUCCAGAGUAUAUCUUCCUCAUCUCUGAGCUGGCUGGAGAGAGACGCUUCGCCUCGAUUGUUGCCAAGAGAUUGGAGAGCCUG